GAUGCUAAACGAGAAAGAACGGAGGAGGAGAUAAGUUUCGAAAGAGUUUCCAAUUAUCAUGUUCAAGUAUUGGUUGAUCCUUUGUUAUCGGCCAUUCUCUUCCUUCGGAAUUGGUUUUGCUUGGUGGUCCUCUCUCGAUUUUUACUCUUUUUUUUUGUUUCUUUAAAGCUUGAAGAAGGGUUUCUAUUUUUUUUCAAUUGGUUAUGUGUUUAAUUUAUGGUUUGGUAUUUUUUUGUUUUUACUCCUUAAAUCAUGUGCGAUGAAUUCGAAUCGUUGGUUUUGAAUAUUACUAUAGUUAGAGUUUUGCUAUAGAAAAUAGGCUCAAGUUUUUGGAAAAGUUUUGUUUUAGUGGAGAAUCAAGUUGUGAUUGCUUUGUCUUUUCUCAUUUGUUUUUUUUUCAACCGUAGAGUGACUGCAUAGUAGUGUUCUUUUGUUGUUGACAAAAUCUGUUGAGCCAUUUGAAAUCUCUCUCUAGUAAUAAUGGCAUUAGCCUUUUAUCUGCUCGAUUUUGAAGAAUCUCUGAUUCUAGGCUGGGAAGUUGUAUGGUGUUGUUCAUCCCAUGGGUUAGCGUUCAACUAUACUGGGUUAGUUAGUUAGUUAGUUAACAUCCAUGGAUUGACAUUCCUACUUGAUAUGAAAAGGUUGGUUGCCUUGCUUCUUCUUUUGUUAGCUGCUCUUCUACUUUAUUAUCAGUUGCUUUGAUUUUUUAGGUCUUGAUUUAGUUGACAAUGAGAGCUAUGCUAGAGACUAGAGUCAUGUACAUAUAGAUUUAUUGUAUUUUUGACCAUUGAAGGUAUGUUAAAGCCCCUUAAGAUUAUAUUAACACAUAAUUAUGGAUGUGUUUUAUAUUCUGACCAAUUCUCUGAAACAACCAAAUCAGCUUUAGUUAAUCUUUACAUUCUUUUCUCCCUAGUAAGAUCUGAUUUUUUUAUGAUUACCUUUAUGUUUCUUAAUUGUUUGACUUUUCAGAAGUUUCGUAAUACCUUCCAAGAUGAUACUUGCUAUAAUCUCAUAAUAAGCCACCAGCUUGUGGGAAAUCUCCAAGAAAUAAUGGAGAUGAAGGGUUUGACUUUUAACAAGAUUAUUCACUCAAUGAUAUAGAGAUGUUGAAAGAAGCUAGACUUUGGUUUUGCUUUUGGAUUGUCUGGUUCUCGUGCUUAGAUUCCAUCAUCCAUCAUGUCUGCUUCUUUGUCUUCUUCUUUAUUGUCCCCUACUCAACUGAGAUACGAUGUCUUUCCAAGCUUCAGUGGUCAAGAUGUCCGUCGAAACUUUCUCAGCCACUUGCUCGGUGAAUUUAAUCGCAAAGGAAUCAACACAUUUGUAGAUAAUCAAAUCAGGAGGACCGAGUCCAUCGGCCCUGAGCUUGUACAAGCUAUAAGAGCAUCGAGGAUUGGGAUCGUCAUCCUCACGAAGAACUACGCUUCUUCACGUUGGUGCUUAGAUGAGUUGUCGGAGAUUAUGGAAUGCAGAACUACUACAGGUCUAAAGGUGAUGCCAAUUUUCUACGAAAUGAAUCCAUCUGAUGUUAGAAGACAACGUGGAGAUUUUGGGGAGGGUUUCGAGAGAACUUGUGUGGGGAAAACAGAGGAGCAGAAGCAGAAAUGGAGGCAAGGUUUGACUGAUGUUGCCAACAUAAGCGGCCAGCAUUCACAUAAUUGGGAUAGCGAAGCUGCUAUGAUGUUAAAAAUUGCUACAUACGUUACUAACAUGUUGAACUCCACACCGUCGAGGGAUUUUGAUCAUUUAGUUGGAAUGGAACCUCAUAUAGCAAAGAUGAAUUCUUUGUUACGUAUGGAAUCUAAUGAAGUGAGGGUCGUAGGGAUUUGGGGUCCUGCAGGAAUUAGGAAAACCACAAUUGCUAGAGCGUUAUACGAUUUAGUUUUCAGCGACUUUCAGCUCAGUGUUUUUAUGGAGAAUGUCAAAGGAAACUACAGCUCGAAGUUUCAGUUGCAAGAAUAAUUUCUUUCUGAAAUCCUCAACCUCAAGGAUAUGAGGAUAAAUUAUUUAGGUGUGGCAAAGGAGAGGCUCAACUCCUGGAAAGUGUUCAUUGUUCUUGAUGAUGUUGAUAAACUAGAACAACUAGAAGCUGUAGCAAAUGAACUGAUGUGGUUUGGCACUGGAAGUAGGAUCAUCGUGACCACUGAGAAUAAAUACCUUUUCAAGAGACAUGAUAUCAAACAUAUUUAUGAGGUGAGUUCACCGUCUGGCAAUGAAGGUCAUGAAAGUCGUGAGUUGUUCCUAGAGGAGAAAGCCUUUAGAGGUAUGGACAAUCUCCAAUUUCUAAGAUUCUAUAAACAAUGGUGGUCCGACAAGGCCACGCUGCAUUUACAUGAAGAUUUGGAUUGUUUGCCUCUACCUCGUAAACUCAAGUUACUUCACUGGGAAUCAUGUCCUAUGAAAAGUUUGUCUUUUCCAUUACGUUCAAAAUGUCUUAUUGAAAUUAAGAUGAAAGAGAGCAAACUAAAGAAGCUUUGGGAAGGAGUUCCAGUAAGUUUCUUGACAAUGCAUGAUAUGAGUUUAUUCCAAAUAACAACAAUUUUGUAAUUUGUUCCCUGGAUUUGAUUCCAGAUGCUUAGAAGCCUAAAAAAGAUGGAAUUGAGUCGCUCUACGAGCUUGGAAGAACUUCCUAAUCUUUCAGAAGCAGUUAAUUUGCAGCAUUUGGAUAUGAGGGAUUGUCACAGUUUGCUCAAGCUUCCUCCCUCUAUCUAGACACUUACUAUGUUGGAUUUAUUAGACCUUCAAGCCUGCAGAAAUUUAGAGCCUCUUCCAGCAAACUACGCUUUGGAGUCUCUAAGUUACCUCAACGUUAGCUACUACCCAAAACUCAAAAGUUUUCCAGAGAUUUCUAGUGACAUUGAACAUCUUAAUGUGUCCUUACCAUGUUACCACAAGUGUCUCCAUAUCUUAACCUUUGGGAUUUUCUUCAUACAUUGGAUUUGACUGGUUGUGAAAAUGUUACAGAGUUUCCACUUGUUCCGUACACGGUCUCUGAGUUACAUUUGGAUUCAACAGGAAUACGAGAAGUUCCUCCAUGGAUCUCUGAUCUCUAUAGGCUCACACAGUUAACAAUGUCAUAUUGUAUGAAGCUUCGAAAGAUCUCGCCAAGAAUUUGUGAGUUACGAAUGCUCCAGUUACUUCAGUUUACAGGCUGCAUAAAUGUAAAAUACUUCCCAGCAGAAAUCUUCCAUAGCUUCUACUUGUGGCAUGAGUUUAAUUUGACGUUGGACUACAUUGACAAGAACAGCUCACCUACAUUUACGUCUGAGGAGACCCACGAUUUCCCCUUACACUUGAGUUUGUUUGGGAACGGUUUUGAGAGUAUUACACAUCAUGUUGUACGGUAGGUUCAUUACCUUGACCUUACAAACUGCAUAGAUCUAUGAUGGCUGCCAGAGCUUCCGGGCUCUCUGUCAGAACUGCACGCAGAUAAUUGUGCGUCUCUUGAAAGUUUGUCUCCCCCCUAUGGCUCAUCUCACGAUCCAAAGCUCAUUCUCAAGUUCAUCAACUGUUGGAACCUGGACCAACAAGCGCGUAAACUAAUCAUUGAGAAAUGGGCUUGUGGAUAUGCGGUCCUACCUCAUAGUAACGUGCCCGACUACUUUUCUCAUCAAGCUAGAAGAAGUUCUCGAACUGUUCAUUUAAACCGGAGGAAGUCAUAUGGAUCGUUGAGAUUUAAGGCUUGCGUUGUGCUCCACCGGAGAGACGAGCUUGAUGUUGUGCCUUAUAGUAAUUUCCAAAUAUCUUGUUACGUGAGAGGCAGACGCUCUAUCACUGUGUAUAAAUGGCCAGAGAUAUAUGCACAUUGUCAGCUUUGUGGUAACCAUAUGUUUAUACUCAACUCUUAUUUCACGCUGGAGGAAGACAACAUCCCCGAAAGGAAAAUGCGUUUUGAGUUCAAAUGCUUGGAGAAGAAAAACUAUCCGGAAACUGUAACACCCAAAAUAUUGGGGUGUGGUGUAAAACUCUUAAAGCCUUGUUCCUCUAAGUAUGACUCGAAAGCUCACCCCGAGCUAUCAUCUCUUCCACUCGAGGACAAUGAAGGCAACAACAACAACGUUGGAAAGUCAAGUAGAAGAAAGAAACGAGAAUGGUCAAGUGUUGCAGAAGGACCUGAGAGAACAAGCAAGAAUUUGAGGAUUUGAUGGUGAGUAGAACUCUAAAGACACCAUUACAUUGAUGUUAGGUAUGAAUAUCCUUUCUGAUUCUAAUUUGAACAGCAAACACUGGAGG